CGUGCAUUACCCCUCACCCCCUCGUCUCCCUGCCAACAGCAUCGCCGUCACCCUGCGGAGACUCACUCUCCUCUUCCACUUCGGUCGUCAUUCCGCUUUUUGUUUUGUUGUUUUAUCGGUCGGUCACCUCGGGUUACCAGAGUGGAGACACACCAACUCUGGAGAACCGGUUCCUGCAUCUGGGAGUUAGAACCGGACACCAGCCCUAGGGCUCUGUGGUUCAAAAUUAAUCUGUCUUCAAUCAAAGCCGUUCUUCUGCUUUAUUUAUCUAACCGUUGUGGUUAUCAGCCCCCCGUUGGUUUCUGUGCAUCGAUAUGUUGCCCUCUCCUGCUUCCUCUUGCCCUCUCUUCACUACUCUUGUCCUUAGGAAACGGUCCGCCUGUGCCUUUAAGAGAGAGAGCCCGCCCUCCCUCCCUUAUUCCUCCAAUCAUGUUUAUGAUUGGCAUGAGUGUGAGUGAUCUGAUUCGCUGCUGCUUCUCAUAGCCUCCUGCGGGACUCUCCAUCAGCCCCGGCUUCUCCUCAUUCUUUUUACACACACACACACACACACACACACACACACACACACACACACACACACACACACACACACACACACACACACACACACACACACACACACACACACACACUCAUACAGCCAACGUGUUUGUAUGUAUGUUGCAGAAAUCAAUCAGUAAAAUGAACAAUGAUGAGUACAAAAAAAAUCGUGUUACUUUUUAUUUUUGCUUAUUCUGUUGAAUAUUCAAGCUGAAUACCCUGAAUAUGUAUGACAUGAAUACCGUACACAAGAGUAGGGACGUUUAUCUGUUGAGGCCACUGCCAAACGACAAGAUAUAACUAUUUAUUUAGUGUCUUGACGGCGGAAAGGGUGGCACCAAGGAAGCUGGUUUGUAUUUGUUUUUAUUCAAAUCCAAAGGCCGUACUUUUGACCUUUGAUCCAAUGGUUUUUACUUUCGACCUUAAAUACUAAUAUUUUAUUGUUUACUACAAGACCAACCAACACCUGUUGGGACACAAACGCACGCACGCACAAUGUCAAUGUUGUAGCUGCUCUUGAGUUUAGUCAUGAUUCUGGCUGGAUAGUGGUUUACAAUAUCCUAUAUCAGUUUUAAUUUGUAUAUUAAUUAAUAUGGGUAACUGAGUUCAAUUGGUCUUUUUUUAAUUCCAGUUAACUUCUUGAAUGGAGUUGGAAGGCUCAUGUUGCACUUUAUCUAAAAGUCUUCCAGUGAUAGCACGCUUUGCAAGGUGGCUGUGAUUUCUUUUUCUUUUUUUUGUAAGUCAUUUACAGAAUGCCUUGUAGGAAUUCUGUGUACUCAGUCACAAUAUACACCUUACAUGUCAUAUGUAUGAUGACUCAAUACUCCUUAAACAAACAUUCCUAAAUGAUGUCAAAAAUAAAACUAACAUACAAAUGUAUUUAUCUUACAUAAAUAUAAUAUUAACUAUAAUAACAUUAUACAGACAUAAGCAAAUGUCAAUAUGCUUAUGUCUAAUAAUAAUGUGCAUAUGCAACGGUGAAUGUAAAUAUUUUUUAUCUUAGAAAUAGCUUAUAGUGAUCUCGCAUUCUGCAUAAUGCUCUCAUGAUAUACUAUUCAUUACACUGCGACAUAGUCUGGCUACGAUGAUCCUGCUCUACAACCUGCCGAACAUUACGUUAGUAAAUCCCGCCUCUAGUUGUGCUUCUCCUGCCUGUCAAUCAAGCUCCUGUCCCGCCUCUGCCUGUUUGCCUCGCGCACAAACGGCAGCGGUGGCCGUUGGGGGAAGAGAGUAAAUAGACAGAAGGCUCAAGAUGGCUGCCUCGCUGGGCUCGGUUCACAUCGCUGGCACCGCCGCAGCCGCGACCACAGAAGUUGCCUCCGCGAAAAGCGCGCUCGUCAAGCCGAACCACACCAAAGGAGCCUCGGACAACCGCCCCAAGUCUUCCCGGGAAAUCCACCCGCCACCGCCCAAGAAGGUCCGAGGCGAGGAGAGGAGCGCGAAAGCGAAGAAAGUCACCAGAGACGGAGUGGUGGGAGGCGGCGGCACCGCGGAAGAGAAGCUCCCGCCGGCCCCGAAGCAGAGCGAUGCCAGGCCGGGUCUGUGGAGCCCGCCCGCGGCGAGCAGCGACCUCUCAUCACCGCUGUCGGCUGGAGGAGCACAGCCUUCUAGUAACGCUGGCAAAGUCUUCAAGCAGAGGGAUUUCCUGCUCCACAAAGCGACUCCGACUAAAACCAAAAAACCCACUAAAGAUAAACACCGAGAGAAGGAGACGGGGAAAGAAUGCCACGGAGACGGAGAGGCGAGGAAAAGGAAUAAACUACUGACCCCUGGAUCGGGGAAAAAUCAGAACAAUAACAUCAGCGGAUACAGUCAGGUCUCUCCAAUGAAGCGAGGGAACGGAGAGGUGUCUAUUCCCCCAAAAGAGCCCUCUGCCAAGGAGAAGGCGAAGGAGAGAGGCCACGAGGAGCGGGAGAAGGUCAAGGAGGGAGAGAAGGAGAAGAGGAAACACAAAGUCAUGAAUGAGAUCAAGAGGGAGAACGGAGAGGUCAAGCAGCCACUCAAAGGGGAGAAGGCGAAGACGAGGGACUCGGAGGAGCUGCUGAUGAAGAAGGUGAAGAAGAAAAAGAAGAAGAAGCACCGAGAGGGCGAGAAGCACCGGCGGGUGAAGAUGUACCACCGCUCCAGCCAGACGGCGGGCCAGCCCGGCCCCCCCGCCUUCGCCCCCUACUUCCACGUGGAGAAGCAGCCCAACGGAGGGGCGCUGGUGGCCCACGCGCAUGCCGGCCAGCUGGGGGCGCUGUCCCCCGGCCAGCGCCAGAGGUUCGCCCAGGAGUUUGUGACGCUGGCCUUCAGCGAGGACUCCUCCCAGGGGGCCCACUACGUGAUGGGGAUCGUCCACGGGGCCGCCAGCUACCUGCCGGACUUCCUGGACUACUUCUCCUCCAAGUUCCCGUCGGCUCCAGUGAAGAUGGAGAUACUGGGCAAGAAGGACAUCGAGACCACCACCAUGGACAACUUCUACUCCCAGGUGAAGCGGUCGUACAGCCACGGGACGUACCGGGCGGGGGCCAUGAGGCAGAUCAGCCUGGUGGGGGCCGUGGACGAGGAGGUGGGGGACUUCUUCCCCGAGUUCCUGGGCCUGCUGGAGGAGUCGCCCUUCCUGAAGAGGACCCUCCCCUGGGGGUCCCUCUCAGCCCUGCGGCGGAUGGAGCCCACCGACAGCGACGACGGGCCCAUCAUGUGGGUCCGGCCCGGAGAGCAGAUGAUCCCCGUGGCGGACAUCCCCAAGUCCCCCUACAAGAGGAGACGCUCCACCAAUGAGGUGAAGAACCUGCUGCAGUACCUCCCCCGGGCCAGCGAGCCGCGGGAGAUGCUGUUCGAGGACCGGACGCGAGCCCACGCCGACCACAUCGGCCAGGGCUUCGAGAGGCAGACCACGGCCGCCGUGGGGGUGCUGAAGGCCGUGGGGUUCGGAGAGGGCUCGGAGCCCCCCCGUGUCACCAAAGACGUCAUUUGUUUCCAUGCCGGUGAUUUCCCUGACGUAGUGCAGAGACUACAGCUGGAUCUCUACGAGCCUCCACUGUCUCAGUGCGUGCAGUGGGUGGACGACGCUAAGCUGAACCAGCUGCGGCGGGAGGGCGUGCGCUACGCCCGCAUCCGGCUGUGCCACGACGACGUCUACUUCAUCCCCCGCAACGUGGUGCACCAGUUCAAGACGCUGUCGGCCGUCAGCAGCCUGGCCUGGCACGUCCGCCUGCAGCAGUAUCACCGCGGCAACGGGGACGAGGGGGACGAGGAGGGGGCGCAGCCUCCCCCUCCUCCUCUUCCUCCCGCCCCCCGCUCCGAACCGACCAAUGGGGAGGCCGCUCUCCGCCGGGUGACGGCCGUCCCGCCGGCCGGGUCACGGACGCACGCCGCUCCGGCCACGCCCCCGCACUCCGCGGGCGACGCCCACAACCCACGGGUGGAGGGGAGGGCGGGGGGGGCGGCCUGGGGCGGAGACGCCAGGACGUGGCCCCCCCGGCCCCCGAGGUCCCGGGACCCCCCCGCGCACGACACACACCGGAGGCACACACACCCCACGCAGUACGCCGCGCAGCCCCGCCCCUCCCAGGUGGCUCCGCCCCUGUUCUCCCCCCUGCAGAGGCACCCACCCCCCUCCCGCUCCUACGCCGCCCAGGGCCACGCCCCCAACGCCACUCCCUUCUCCUUCCUGUCCCAGAAGCCCCCGCUGGGCGGCCCGGAGGACGUCUCCUGA